ACAGCAAACUGAAGUACUAACAUAAGUUGCCAAUUUCCCAUAUUCACCUGCAUCAAUUAUAUACAAUAACUGCCCCAAGAUGGUUCUCGAAGCUACUAUGAUUGCCAUUGACAACUCCGAGUAUAUGAGGAACGGAGACUACUUGACGUCCAGGUAUGAUGCCCAACUUACAGCCACCGAGUUUAUUUUCCAGAAUAAGAUCAAUUCCAACCCGGAAAACACAGUAGGGUUGUUGGCAUACGGUGGCAGUGGACCACAAGUAUUAUCCACUUUAACCACUGAUUUCGGAAAGAUAUUGUCGGGGGUACACGAAACGAAAAUCUCCGGGGAUAACCACUUCUCCAGUGGGAUUCAAGUUGCUGCGCUUGCGUUGAAGCAUCGUGAGAAUAAAGUACAACAACAAAGGAUUAUUGUGUUUGUAGGUAGCCCCAUUCUGGAAACCGAUAAGGAAUUGGAGAAAUUGGCCAAGAAGAUGAAGAAGAAUAACGUUGCUAUUGAUAUUAUAAAUUUCGGGGAAGAGUCGGUAAACACGGCCAAGUUGGAAAAGUUCAAUUCUAUUAUAAAUAACCAUGACAAUUCUCAUCUCGUCACUAUCCCACCCGGCCCUAAAUUAUUGUACGAAGUCAUUGCCACCAGUCCUAUUUUGAUGGAUGAAAGUUUUGCUGGUGCUUCUGAAAUGGACUUCUUUGGCGGGGGUGGUGCUGGAUCGGGUGACCUUAUUGAUCCAAAUAUGGAUCCUGAUUUGGCAUUAGCUUUAAGACUUUCGUUGGAAGAAGAAAAGGCCAGACAAGAAAGAGAAGCUGCUGAAAAAGCCAAGAAGGAUGCAGAAGCUACUAGUAACGGUGGUGGUGAAUUAGAAAGAAUUGACGAAGCCAAAGAAGAAAAGGAUGAAGAUAAAGAUACAGCCAUGAAGGAUGCUUAGCGUGUGUGUAGUACAUAAUAGAAUAGUAUAACAAAUUUAGUGGAGCAUUGAAAACAUUUAGGCUG